AUGGGUGACACCCCGAAGAAAAAUGAGAAAACCUAUCUGUUUGGAUUCUCGUGGUUUCACCCAAAAAGUCUUCAGUUCUUGGCUUCCUUCAUUCCAUUUAUGAUAAUUCUCUCUUUAAAUGGAUUCUUUCAAGGUGCCAUUGUGAACGGCCUCAUUUCUACUAGUAUUAGUUCAAUUGAGAAAAGGUUUGACUUGACAUCAACUCAAUCGGGAAUUUUCGCUGCCACUUACGAUGUUUUCGUAACAGCGGGCCUACUUCCACUAGCUUUAUACGCAAAACGAGUAAUAAAAGUACGAUGCAUUGGAUGGGGAAUGAUAUUUGUCGGAAUUGGGUCUUUGCUCAUUCUGUUACCCGAAAUCAUUGCGGGAAAAUACACAGCCACAGCUUUGAAGAAAGAAGUCUGCGAUCCGAAACGAGUUGCCAAUUUAAAAUUCAGAUCAUUUUUACUUUUACUAUUAUCGCAAGCUUUCACUGGAAUUGGAGCAAGUCCGCUCUUCACAUAUGGGUUUUCAUGCAUUGACGAAUUCGACGGGCAUGCUCGAACCGGCCGAAACAUGGCUAUUUAUAUGUCUGCUACAACAAUCGGACCCGCUGUCGCAUUUAUCCUAGGCGGAAUGUCUCUCUGGACAUGGGGAGAUUUCUGGAGAACGAGACCAACUGAUAUGGGAAUUGAAAACCAGAAUGAUCCGCGAUGGAUUGGUGCAUGGUGGCUUGGAUUCCUUGUUUGUGGCGUGUUUAGUCUUUUUACUGCCUUACCACUAACCAUGUUUCCACAAAAACUUAAAGAUACUGAUAAGAGAAAAGUGAAGGAUGUGCAAAGAACUGACGCCUCGUUGAAUCAAGAUUUCUCGAACCAUAAAUAUGAAUUUUUUAAGAUUUUUGCGAUGUUCCUCUGCAACCGCACUAUUAUGUGCCUAGUCCUUAUGCAAACAUUGGAAUCAAUGCUUAUGAAUGGCUACAUCACUUUUGUGCCAAAACUAAUCGAGACCCUGUUCUCGUUUUCAAGUGGAGCUUCAAGCGCUAUAACCGGGGCUAUGGUGGUACCAGUUGGUGUUUUUGCUAAUUUUAUUGGAGGAUACUUGUCAAAACGGUUCAACAAUCAGUUUAAGCAUUCGGUAUACACCGUCAUUUGCUUCACAAUUUUUGCUGGUUUUUGUAGUUCGUGCCUUCUGCUACAAUGUAGCUCACCAAAUUUAAUGCACGUUAAUGUAAAUGAGAGCAUAUUGUCAAAGAAUGAUAUUAAAAAUACAUGCAGCGCAGGAUGUCAUUGUGAUGAACUAUUCAAUCCCGUUUGUGCCACAGAUAUACAACUCAGUUUCUUAUCGCCGUGCCAUGCAGGAUGCGCCGAUGGAGAAAAUGUUAAAUUUGGUGCUUCCAACUGGACGAAUUGCGCAUGUGCUUCCAAGAAUGGAUUUGUUGAAAAAGGCUUCUGUAAAAGCAGCUGCACUUUGAAAAUGGCCAUUUUCUUCACAAUGUUCUGUAUAAUGGCAUUUUCAAUCUUUGUCACUGGCCCGAUCCUUCAAAGCGCAUCCGUUCGAGUGGUUCAUCACGAACAUCGGGAUCAUUUCCUAUGCUAUGGAUGGCUUUGGAUGCGCAUUUUGGGAAGUAUACCUGGUGCCGUACUAUUUGGAAUAAUCAUUGAUCAAAAUUGCCUUUAUUGGCAAAAGGAUUGCGACGGAAGCAAAUGUCAAUAUUACGAUUCAAAAAAUCUUGGAUUUUCGUUUUUCUUCUUCACGGUAAUUGUCAAGUCUACAUGCGCUGUUUUGCUCUAUAUCGCUGCUAUUUCCUACAAGGAAAUAAAGAAACCCGACGAAUCUGAAGAAUCAAAGAAUUCACCAAACGAAUGCAGCCAAGACAUCGCUUUGAAACUUGCUAAAAGACUAUCCUCGGAUGUUUCUCCCGACACCAUGGUCUAUUAG